AUGGAGUCUCAACAAUCCCAUAACCAGCUUCAUGUUAUUUUUCUUCCAUUUCCAUCUCCUGGCCAUAUGAUUCCUAUGGUUGACACAGCAAGACUAUUUGCCAAACAUGGUGUUAAUGUUACUAUCAUUGCCACACAUGCCAAUGCUUCAACCUUCCAAAAAACCAUAGACAGUGACUUCGAUUCAGGACACUCCAUCAAAACUCGUCUUAUUCAGUUCCCUUCAGCUCAAGUUGGUCUCCCUGAGGGUGUUGAAAAUCUCAAACAUGGCACUUCCUCAGAAAUCCUUGGUAGAAUCAGCCAUGGAAUAUUUAUGCUCCAAGAUCCGGUUGAGGGUCUGUUUCAAGAUCUUCAACCAGAUUGUAUAGUCACUGAUAUGAUGUAUGCUUGGACUGCAGAAGCAGCUGCAAAAUUAGGUAUUCCAAGGAUUCACUAUUACAGCUCAAGCUAUUUCUCCAACUGUGCCUUUCAUUUUAUCAUCAAGUAUAGACCUCAUGAUAAUUUAGUUUCUGAUACACACAAGUUUACAAUUCCUGGUUUGCCUCAUACCAUUGAGAUGACUCCUCCGCAGCUUCCUGAUUGGUUAAGGGAGAGGAAUCCUGCCACAGCCUAUUUUGAACCAAUGUUUAAAUCUGAGGAAAUAAGCUAUGGAACACUAUAUAAUAGUUUUCAUGAACUUGAAAGUGAUUAUGAGAAGCUUAGUAAGACUACAAUAGGGAUCAAAUCAUGGAGUGUAGGACCAGUUUCUGCUUGGGCUAACAAGGAUGAUGAAAAAAAAGCUAAUAGGGGACAAAUUGAGGAGCUUGGAAAAGAAUCUGCAGAGUUGUUAAAUUGGCUAAACUCAAAGCAAAAUGAGUCUGUGCUUUAUGUAAGUUUUGGCAGUCUUACUGUGCUAGUUCAUGCUCAGCUUGUAGAAAUUGCACAUGCGCUUGAAAAUUCAGGUCAUACAUUUAUCUGGGUUGUGAGGAAAAAUGAUAGAGAUGAGGGUGAAAAUAGUUUCCUACAAGAUUUUGAGAAUAGGAUGAAGGAAAGCAACAAGGGAUAUAUCAUAUGGAACUGGGCACCACAGCUUCUGAUAUUGGAUCACCCUUCAACAGGAGGGAUUGUAACUCAUUGUGGUUGGAACUCAAUUCUCGAAAGCUUGAAUUCUGGUUUGCCAAUGAUCACAUGGCCAAUGUUUGCUGAGCAGUUUUACAAUGAGAAGUUGAUUGUUGAUGUUUUAAAGAUAGGGGUCCCGGUAGGAGCAAAAGAAAACAAGUCAUGGAAUAGCAUUGUUGUAGAGGCAGUGGUGAAAAGGGAGAAAAUAGUAAAGGCUGUGAAGAUUUUGAUGGGAAGUGACCAAGAGAGCAAAGAAAUGAGGAUUAGAGCAAAAAAACUUGGUGAUGCUGCUAAGAAGACUAUAGAGGAGGGUGGAGACUCUUACAACAACUUGAUUCAGUUGAUUGAUGAGCUGAAAUCAUUGAAGAAAUCUAAAGCACUUGGUGAGAAAGAAGAUUAG